CAGCCCUGCAAGUCAAUGGUUAUUCACUGUCGUUUUGGCGCCGAUGAUUACGAAUGUGCACGUUUAUUUCACCCCAUUGUGACCGACGAAGGUCUAUGCUGUGUUUUUAAUAUGCUGCACCCCAGGUUUAUGUACCGGAAAAGAGUUCCCUACUCGCAUCGGAAUAUAAGUCUGCCUGAGGGAUUCCAUGCAGUCAAUUGGCAUGCCGAGUUGGGCUAUCGCAAGCGAGGCUUUCAGCCGGACGGGGAUAAUCCACUUUAUCCGCGACGAGCCCAAGGAACAGGGGAAUCAUUGGGGCUAUCGCUGACCCUGGAUGUCCAGGCGGAUGCCUACUACUGCUCCUCAUCCAGCAGCGUUGGCUUCAAGAUCGCCCUGCACAGCCCGAAUGAAUCGCCGAAUGUCCGGGAGACCGGAGUCCUAUUGGCACCCGGAAUGGAGACCAAGCUGCGCAUAGAUCCGUCGAAAAUCCUUACGGAGAAGCACCUACGCAAUGUGGACCGUCGGAGCAGGCGUUGUUUAUUCCACAAUGAGCUGAAACUUCGCUGGUUCGCCCACUACACCCAGAGAAAUUGCGUGGCGGAGUGCCUUUCCGGCUGGCUAAUCCGCCACUGCGGCUGUGUGACCUUCUAUAUGCCCCGAUUGAACGCAAACGACACUAUAUGCCCACUGCACAAGAGGGAAUGUGUGGAGCUUAUUCGAUUUAGAACCAUAAUAGCGAUGGAAUCCUGUCUUGACGAGUGCCUGCCAUCGUGUUUCGAUCUCACCUUCAGCGCAAUUGCCUAUUCGACGAGAAUAUCGCAAGACGGCUUUAGGGAGACACCUUCGAAUGGUGGUUGGAACUUUACCGAUGCCUAUGUGGAGCGCAGUGUGGCGGUGGUGAAUAUGUAUUUUAAGGACCCAACUUUCCGAGCAAACAAGCAGACCGAGUUCAUAGGCUUUUCCGAUUUUCUAUCUGGCGUUGGAGGUCUCAUGGGAUUAUUCCUCGGCUUCAGCUUUCUAUCCAUUGCAGAGUGUGUGUACUUCGCCUUGAUUCGUCCCUGUCGCACUUGCUCGGAGAUUCGACAACUUAAUCAGCCAAGGGUACAUCAAAUGAACUUAAAGAGGGGUCCGACCCCUGGCAACAUCAAAUACAUUUCAGCAGCCGAUUGGUUUCAGGCCGAGUUGGCACAUCAGCAGCCCAAUAACAGGCAGCACUUUAAUCCUGCUUAA